AUGGACGAAGAUGCACUCAAAGACUAUCUCCCGGCCGCAUUUGGAGCCUCAGGAGGUGAACUUGACAUCGAAGCACAGAUGGAGACGGCAAGGAGGAAAGUAACAGGUUUGCCUGAGGCCGAGAGAAAGGCUUCAGGCAGUUCAAAAGGUGACAGCGACUCGGACGACGACUCUGAUGAUGACUCGGAGGAGGAAGACGAAUAUCCUGCUUCCCACGAGAUCGUGUUCAAGACUCACGAUCGUGCCGUCACCACAAUCUCGUUGGACCCGUCCGGAUCCCGGAUGAUCACCGGUUCGACAGACUGCACAAUCAAGCUAUAUGACUUUGCUUCCAUGGCUCCCAACACUCUGCGAGCCUUCAAAUCUGUCGAUCCUACAUUCACAAAGGGCUCAGCGGCUUCUGAGACUCAUCCAGUGCACGUCGCCAAGUUCAACCCGAACUCGCCAAGCCAAGUUCUAGUGGUCUCAGCCACCCCUCAAGCUAGGAUACUGUCCCGUGAUGGGGAAACGCUGACCGAGUUCGUCAAGGGCGACAUGUAUCUCCGCGACAUGAACAUGACCAAGGGACAUAUCAGCGAAAUCACUAGUGGCACGUGGCACCCUUAUGCCUACGACCUCUGUGUAACCGCUGGAACCGAUAGUACCCUGCGUAUUUGGGACGUCAAUGUGCGGAACAAACAGAAAGACGUCAUCGUCCACAAAUCUAAGCUCGCAGGGUCAGCCGGGCGAAGUCGGAUGACUGCUGUCGCAUGGGGCAGUCAAGUCGAAGGCGGGAAUAGCCUCCUCGUUGCUGCCGCGCUGGAUGGCUCUCUGCUUAUGUGGGGAGGAGACGGGCCUUACCACAGGCCAAGUGGUGAAAUCGCGCAGGCACAUACUAGCAAUACUUGGACAAGCGGUAUCGACAUCAGCGCUGAUGGGCGACUGGUUGUCACAAGAGGUGGCGAUGACACCAUCAAACUAUGGGACACACGCAAAUUCAAACAGCCCGUCAACUCUGCAACUCACACUUCGACAUCGAGUCAAUACCCAACUUCGAACAUCUUGUUCGCCCCAAACUCAUCCUCCAUCAUCACGGGUUCUGAGACCGGCGACCUGUACAUUCUCAAUCCAGCAACGCUGAAACCCGAACUCGUCACCCCCAUCACCCCUGGAUCGACUCUGAUCAGCGUCCUCUGGCAUGACAAACUCAACCAAAUCAUCACCGGCAGUGCCAACGCAGAAACACAUGUCCUCUUCGAUCCCAAAAUAUCCACGAAAGGCGCGGUAAUGGUCAUGUCUAAGCCACCUAAGCGUCGCCACAUAGAUGACGAUCCAACUCUCACCACAGACAUGUCCCAAGGGGUAUCGAGCGACGCAAUCAUCAACCCAGGAACCGCCAGUGAAGCCAUUCAGGGCAGCACAUUUGCCUCAAGACACCCGACCAUCGGACUCACCGCGUCAGGAAAGUCCCGUGAUCCGCGGAGACCUCACAUCCCGGCCACUACGCCUUUUGCCAAGAGUCAACCUGACGAGCGGCAUAUCAAGGAACGAAUCCCUCUGAGCUCGAUGAGGGAAGAAGACCCGAGAGCGGCGCUUCUCAAAUACGCCGACAAGGCAGAGAAGGAUCCUAUGUUCACGAAAGCAUGGAAAAACACACAGCCAAAGACCAUUUAUGCAGAAUUAAGUGACGAGGAAGAAGAGGGUGGCCCACAGAAGAAGAGGCAGAGAACCUAA